GCUUCAUUUCAGGCCACUCAACUGUUUCUGUGCCUUUCGCCACAGGCCGCUGCUGCUCACAGACACGGUGUUCCAACAUUCAUCCGCUCUACUGAAGUGUUAAAGCAAUGGCUCAAGGGAAAGUGAAGGGCCUGCAGAAGCAGAAGUCCUCAACCGCCCGCCAUGCAGCCAAGGCCGCUGCUCAGCCGAAGAAGGGCAAACGCUAUAUAGCCCCAAAGAAAACUGCCCUCGUGAAGCAGGCUGUUCUACACAAGGAAUUGAGCGCGAAGAUCAACAGGAGUAUUGAGCAGCAGGUCGCUUCUGCUGCGUCUUCUGGCAAGCUCACAAUCAUGAAGAAUGUGGCUCUAGAAGGAGCUUCAGCGAAGGAUGCUAAAGCGAAGAAGUCGUGAAUGGAUGGAAUGUAGGUUUGUGGCUGUAUUUCUGUACUCGUUAUCUUGCUACGGCUCGUGCCUCAGGCAGCUCUCAGCAGAGGCAUCAUUGUCCGUUUCGGAUCCGCUAUAUGCACCUCGGCGCUUGCAGCGCCGUAAUCGGAUAACCUAUGGAUGAUAAGUACCAAUUGUGCGACAGCUGUGAAGAAAGAAGGUGAUGAUCCGACACGCACAGGAUGGGUGUAUUGUACGAUUGUUCUGCCUAUGUCAGUACGGAGAAUUAUCAAUCCGGUCGCUUCGCAGUGAGCUUUCCCGCUUGUAUUUAAUCGUACUAAUUUCAUGGCGGUU